AUGUUUGGUGCAUGGAUGGUAAUGAUUAGGAGACCAAAGCUAAAAGAAAACAAAAUUCUUGUGUCGCAGGCCACCGUUCACAAAUUGUUCAUUCUAACACAAUUUUUAAGUAAAUUUAUAAUUCAUGACAAAAUUAACGUAAUGCACAAUUUGAUGGAUCAACUUUCUAACUAUCUUGCCAAUCCAUCUAAUCCGGCUUUCAUUCCAAUUCCGGAAGAGUUCACGCUGCCUGAGACUCCCAUCAGCACUCCCAACUCUGUCAUUAUCCCAAAGAUGAUCCCGUUCAUUCCUCCUUUAAUUCGUUUGCCGCCUGAUCCGCUCUUUCUCUCGGCCUUUCCACCAGGGCAAUUAUUUCCGACAACCUAUAGUAGCUCCACGUUGAAACGCGGUCAUCCUGAUCUAUCUGUCGGAACGCCUGACAGCUCUGCAACAAAUUCACCCUUCAAAGCGCCUCAACUGCUCGCCGGUGCAAACAUCUGUGACGAUGCUGGGGCUAACAAAAGUUUCCCAUCAACCACAGGUGGCGAGGUUCAUCGAAUUUCUACAGCCAGCAACAAUUGCAACAACAACAUAGCAUACAACAACGUCCCAAACAGCAACAACGCAAGCAGCAAUCCACAUCCACAAUCACUCGGCUCCUUCCCACCAAAUGACAUCAGCAAUCUCAAUCACAUUACAAACCCUGACAGUGGUUCGCUAUCUAGCCACAAUCAGAUUGUUGAAUGCAGCAAUCACUACCAAGAGAACACGAGCGACCGAAUAAGCAGCACAGCAAAUUUCAACCCUGGUUUUUUUUCGCCUGGUUUUUUUUUUAAUGCAAAGCAAACAGCAUUGGUUAAUACACACAUCAUUGGGAGAGACAUGGCUUCGACCUUUCACUUGAAUAAUCCAACAGAUCAAAGAAUGAACAACUGCCUGCAACAACCAGGUCUACAGAAUCAACCACUGGUGAUGUCGCCGCAAUAUCGACCACCAUUAGAAGCGCUUCAGAAUCAACCAUCUUUAGUGGCGCCACAUUAUCAACCACCGUUAAGGGCGCCACAAUAUCGACUACGAUUAGAAGCGACACUAUGUCAACCGCCACGAUAUCAACAACAACUAAUGGCGCCACAAAUUCGACCACCUUUGGGGGCGCCACUAAUAAUGGCGCCACAAUAUCAACCAGCGUUUGAAGCGCCACGAUAUCAGCCACCGUUAGAGGCAGCACAGAAUCAACCAUUCAUAAUGGCACCACAAUAUCGACCAGCGUUAAAUGCGCCAAUAUAUCGACCACCAUUAGAGACGCCGCAAUAUCUACCAUCUCUAGUGGCUCUGCAAUAUCAAGCACCAUUAAGAGCACCACUGCCACACCAGCCACCACUCCAACUGUUUCAGUUGCAGCAGCAGCAACAACAACAGCAGCAACAGCAACAGUAUUCACUCCCGCAGAAUGCUCAUUUACAUGAAAAAAUGCCCAACUACGAUCAUUUAUUUGCUUGCCCACCGUCAGUUUUGCGCGAAAGUUUGUGUGUGAAAGAGCGGGAAGAACAAGCUCAUCGGGGAAAUCUUUUUUUGCCCUUAUCACAAAAUAAUAAAUUGGAACAAAAAAACGCAUUCCUCAAACUGUUAAAAUUAUGUAAAAACAACAAUGAACAGCAGAAACAAGAACCAUCUCAACCACAACAACAAGAUGAAUUUCAACAGCGGCAGCAACAACAGCAACAAUUUCAGCAGCAACAAUUUCAGCAGCAACAAUUUCAGCAGCAACAACAACUUCAGCAACAACAAUUUCAGCAGCAACAACAACUUCAGCAACAACAGCUGCAACAACAAUUUCAGCAACAACAACAACUCUCACAACAGCAGCAACACCAGCAACUUAUUCAACAGUAUCAGCAGCAGCUGCAGCUGCAACAGCAGCAGCAACAGCAGCUGCUGCAACCACAGCAGCAUAAAAAUCAGCUACCGUACUCAUACCAACACCAAACAAACGCAUGUUUGAGUAAUGAGAGUUUACCCGCUGAUAAGUUUUCAGCAAGAAAUGGUGAAAAAGUUAAAACAGUAACUCCAAAAAGGAGGAAAGAAAUAAACAAACGUAGCAAAGAAAAUCAAUCGAAAACAAAAGUGGAACAAAUAACGCCAGAUCAAUCACCGGAGCAACAACAAAAAUCUCUAGAAAAGUUACAACUACCUGAAAAACCACCACCGCUGCAACCAAUCUUACAACCAUCACCACCGGAACUGAAGCCACUUCAUCAACCACCACGGCUACAAAAACCACCAUUACAGAAAUCACCCCAGAAGCUACAACAGCCAUCACCGCCACUAUCAGCAACACAAUCGCAACAACUGCUGCAAAAAACAACAGAGCAACAACAACCACAACAGUUUUCGCAAUUAGGACAGUCCUCACAUGAACAACAACCACAGCAUCAACUGCAACAACACCAAGAGGUAGAAACAAAAACUCCAAACAGAAAGAAGAGAUGUCAACUGGAUGACAUGGAUGAGAAACAACAUUCGACAAAGAAGAAAAAACCAUCUUCCGAUCUUGAAAAAGUAUUCAACUUUGAAGCUGAACAACAAGAAAUACAGAAAUGUCAAGAAUUAAUGCAGCAACUGAUGCAGUUGCCACAUGAAGAACAGGUACCACAAGAAAAACAGCUACUACAUGAAAAGCAGCUACAACUACAAGAACAAAUUUAUCAGCGGCAAGUACCACAACAACUAUUUCAAACUCACCAGCAGUUACUACAACCACCAUCGCUUCAAAUACCUAACCAACUCCAACAUCUAUCGCAACAACUGCCACAACAACUUUUACAACAAUCCAAACAAUUGGAACAACCACAACAACUCAUUCAACACAUGUCACAACAAAUAUCUCAACAACAAACACAACAACAUGAAGCUUCAUCUCCUGUUAAAUGUAGAAGAAUUGAGAGCAAGUCUGAAACCAAAACUCCUGUGAAGAGGAAAGGUGAUCUCAGUAAAUACAAAAAACAAACUCCAAAAACAAAAAAGAAAAAAUCAGUUUUAGAUGUUGAACAAAAAUUGAAUACUGACGACAAAAAACUACCACAGCUGCAACCGCAACUACCACAACAACCUCCACAACAGCCAAAACAACAGCUGCAGCAAACAGAUAUACUACAAAAACAUCUGCAAAACCAGCAACUACUAGCCUCAUCAAGCUCCGAACUACACUGUUUCAUGCAACAAGUUUUGGUAAAACCUUUGUAUAUUUUUACAAAGAUCAUUUCUACCUAUUUAGAUGAAAGGCACAAUGAAGCUGCCAGUGGAGACUUGAAUAGGGAGCAGUAUAUUAGUUUGUAUGGAGACCUCAUCAUGCAGCUCUACUCUGAAUAUGAAUUAUCAUUUAAAAAUGUACCGCAUCCUAUAAAAUGGUUAGUUUUCGAUUUGUUGUUGCUUUGUAUUACUGCCCAACGCAGGUUAGAAAAACCGGACGAAAAAAAUUUGGAUGUUGAAAUUUUUUUUCAAAAGUUCCAAGAACUGGAUGUUAAUUUUCGUGAACAAAUGAAAGAAAAAAAUCAAGAUGAGAAUGAUGGUAACAUUCAAGAAGACCAUAGGCAAAAUAUUGAACGUAAGUAUCCAGAGCUGAAUGGAAGACUAUUCACGGUGGCCAGGAAUAAAUUAUUUUGGGUGUACUUCGAUGUGGUGACCUGCUGCGUUGAAAGGAGACCUCUGAAGAACUUCGUUUACAACAACAUGGACCACCUGACUGAAAUCUUAGACGCGCUCAAAGAUAAACCACAACUAAUUGAAAUACUACUUUCACAAACACCACACCAACAAGAACAACAACCUCUUCAUUCGUAUCAGCAAUCACAACAACAACAGCAACAAAUGCAACAAAACUGUUCCACGGAGACAGGAAAUGAUGAACCUCUCAAACAGCUGCCAUCCCAACAAGUUGAUCCACAUAAUCAUCCUGACCAACGUGAAAAAUUGAUCCCAAAGGAAACAAAACUGUUUGAAUCACAACAACAACAACAACAACAACCACAGCAACGAGAAGAUGAACGUGAAAUUAGUCUACAGAAUCAACAGAGUGAACAACAACAAGAGGACAAACUAUUUUAUCAACAAACUGAAGAUGAUAGACAACUUGAAAAGGUGCAAAAAGUUAUAUCGCAACAAAAACAACAGCAACAACAACAGAUUAAAAAACAACUACAGCAACAAAUUAAAAAUGACAAACGUGUUGAAGAUGAACAUCAAAUCAAAAAAGUUAAUAAACAAAAUGGACAACAACAACAACAACAACAACAACAAAACCAACUACAACAACAUCAGCAAUCGAAAGAUGACCAACAAUUUAAAGAUGUACUCGAAGAAAACCCCCAAAAGCAGCUGACUGAACAGCAAAACAAUCAACAACAAUCUGAAGAUAAAAAAACACCUGAAGUUGAGCUUGAAGCCAAACCCCCAAAACAACAGAGAGAACAACGACAACGGGUUGAAAAGGAUCAUAAAUUUAAACCUCAGAUACAACAACAGCAACAACAACAACAACAAACUAAUAAACAACAACAAUGCGAAACUACAAACACGCAAAAAUUUGAAAAACAAUCAAAAGAUGACAAACAAAUUGAUAACGAUCAUCAAGUCAAACCAAAGGAUCAACAGAGGGAACCACAACCACCACAACAGCAGCAGCAGCAGCAGUUUCAGUCACAACUUUCAAAAGAUGACAAGCAGCGUGAAGAUGAACAUGAAACUAAACUAAAAAAACAACACAGGGAGGAGAAAAAAGAACAAUCAAACCAACGAGUUCAACCACAGGUACAAUACAGACUUCAGAUUCCCAAGAUUUUGCAGAAUAUUCCACGCUGUCAACAGGCACACCAACAACUGCAACCACAGCAGCAGCCACAACAGCAACUACAGCAACCACCUCAGCAGCCACAACAGCAACCACAGCAACAGCAACUGCAGCCACAAUUGCAGCCUUUACGACUAGAGUCGCAACAAAAUCGGCAACAACAGCCACAACCUGACGCUCAGAAACAUCAACAACAGCAGCAGCAACAACGUAAAGAACAGAAACAACUGCAUCAUCAACAAAAAGCUGAAAACCAUCGUCACCAACAACAACAACAGCGCGAGGAUAAGAAUCAACAGCAACAACAACAGCGUGAGAAUAAGAUUCAACAACAACAUCAUAAAGAUAAUGAUAAGAAUGAACAACAACUGCGUGAAGAUAAAAAACAACAACAUGAAGAUAAAAAAGAACAACAACAACAGCAGCAGCAACAACAACAACAGAAAGAUCCAAAACAUCGUCAGAAAGAACAACUUGACAAUAAAGCAUAUCAGCAUAAUAACCUAAAACAACAACAACAUAAUAAUUACAAUAAUAAUAAUAAUUACAAUACUCCUACAAAGCAUCAACAGCAGCAACGACAACAACAAUUAGACUCUUCAGAAAAACAGAACAAAAAACAUCAAAGUGACGGUCAGCAACAACAGCAAACUAAACCACAAAAACCACUUCAUCCGGAGCACAACUUUCAACAACAAUCAAAACAACAGAAGUCACUCAAAAAAGAACAACAUCAACUUCAAGAAAAACAACAAAAACAGCCGCAACAACACUCAUCCGAACAACAAUUGCAACAACAGAAUCAAUCAUCUAGACAACAACAACAAUAUCAGCAAAAACAUCAACAUCCAGUAAACGAACAGUCAAAACAACAGUCGCCCAAACAGCAACAAAAACAACGAGAUAAACACCAAAAUUUACAGCAAUGUUCAACGAAACAACAACAACCACAGCAGCAACAACUAGAGCAACCACAGCAGCAGCGAAUAACGCAACCACAACAGCCACAACAGCCACAGCUUCAACUGCAAGAACAGGCUGCAAGAAACGAAACGACAAGCAACGAAGAAAAAAUAAGAAAACACAGAGAAUCGAGUUUCGAGGCAGCCAUAAAAUUCUUGAAGGAACUUGGGAAGGAAAACUUGACAAAGAAGCGAAACAACAACGAUCUCGAGAAAUGCAACAACGUGCACCAACAUAACCAGAUGCUGCAAGCUCUUCAAAGAUGAGGAUGCUGAUGAUGAUGGGGGUUACGACGACGAUGAGGAUUGUGAUAUUUGUAAUAAUGAUGAUGAUUCUAACGGUCAUGAUUAUGGAGAUUAAAUGAACGAUGAUGAUGAUGAGACGGAAGAUGAUGAUAAUGAUGAUAACGAUUGUGAUAAUGAUGAUUGGUUCUAAUUUUUUUCUUUUUUUCGUUCAUUCUGCUUUCAUUCUUUUUACACUCAUUCAUUCGUUUAUUCGUUUUUAAUGUUUAAUAUUCUCUCAGCUUUCAAAGUGUGUAUAUAUACCAUACAUAUGUAUUUCUGUGUUUUAAAACGUGCACAUUUUAUUGAUAUACAUACAUAUUUUGUCGUUGAAAAUUAGCAUUUUACAACUUUUUAACUAAUGAUCGAUCAGCUGAUUGUUUGGUUGGUUGGUUGGUUGAUGAUUGUUCACUGGUGGCUGAUCAUUCUGUAUCUGGUUGAAUGGUUGAUAGAUUUGAUACGGUAGUUCUUUGUUUAAUUCGAAACCACUUUUUUUAACGAAACCAUUCCGAGACUACCUUUUCAUUUGCAUUGAACAGUUGCAUGAAUUAAAUGGAAAAACAUUACAUUACCAUUAUUAUUAUUACUAUUAUUUUUAUUAUUUUUCUACAGAUGUAUGUUUGAUUAAUUGUUGAAAUUUCUUUGAGCUAAACUAUGGCUGUUCAUUUGAUAUUAUUAUAUUCAUUGCGAUAUAAUUAUAUGCAAAUAAUAUUUCAUAUAUUGAUUGACGUUAAUUUGUGCAUGUUUAAAUAUGAAUAAUGGAUUGAAAAUGUAAAUAGAUAAAAUAAAUUAUUAGCCAAAA